AUGCACGCUACCCUUGCCUUCCUCGCCCCUGUCCUCGCCGCCUUUGUCGCCAGCGGCACGUUCCCUGCUCCAGCUGCUCCAUCUCCCGAUGCUCCGGCGGCCGCUGCAUGCACCAGCAUCUUCAAGCACAAGUACAACAGUGCUUACGAAUGUGCCAACGCUGUCAGCGCAGUUCCCUCUCCCAAAGCCGCCUUCUUUGUUUGGAACAGCAUCACCAAAGAAUGUUUCCCAAAAGGGACUACUCCUUUCAACCAGGAGAACUCGCAAACCCUCACCAUUGCUGAUCAGACAAGUGAUCAAGUUAGCAAAGACCAGGAAGGUCUCUUUGCCACGGACGCCAAGCUCAAGACGGUUUGCGGCGACAAAUUCCGGAUUCCGUAUCAGUGGGCCAACGAAGGUACUGCGUGCAGCAAAAUCUGCAAGGCCAACACUUUUGUCGACGGCUGCGACUUUGCCAUCACCAUCGCCGGCCAUGCUGGCAUCACUCAAGGCCAGUGGCUGGGGGCUCGUGCCAAGUGGUAG